AUGGACGCUGAUGCUCCACCUACCCCUCCGCCUUCUCAUGGACAUUCAUUCCCAACUGGAGUAACGGAUUCGCCCGCAACUCCUCUCAGCGUCAAUACAUCCGCAUCCUCUUCAGCGACAUCCUCAUUAACAGCAGGAGGCUUCUCUAUUUCGAUUUCGGAAUCAGAAUCUGGUGCAGGUGUUGCAGCAGCACCGGUUCCGUCAUCAGGAGAUUCAUCCUCGUUAUUGGAUCUCAACGUGGACGUAUAUGGAGGCAUGGAUCAGGUGUACCUCAAGGCAGCUGGCAUGCGCAGUGACUUCACCAUCACGUUUGGCGCUACAACUGACUAUUUCUCCAAGCAUGCUGUGGAGGAGGAGAAGAGCAGCUCCAGGCGGAAUUCUGGAGACCCAGAGAGCUCCGCCAAUGGGAAGCGAGCUCGUCUUGACCUCUCCAACCUCCCAGGCGGAAUCGAGACAUUCAAACUCGUCGCAUGCUUCUGCUACAGCGUUCCCAUUACAAUCACCCCUGAUAACGUCACAGCUCUCUACUGUGCAGCGAUUUACCUGGAUAUGAGAGAUGACCCUCGAGCUGCCAUGUGCGGUGGUCCCUAUGACUGUAACCUGCUUACCCUAGCGUCUCGCCACCUCACCUCGUAUCUCUCUCACCCCCGGGCUGCUCUGACUGUUCUUCAAUCGUGUGAUGCCAGCUCAGCGAUCCGGGCGAGUGCUGAGUCAGCAGGGCUGCUGCUGACCACUGUGAACGCGGUCGCACGAUUGGUAGUGAAAGAAGCGGGGAAAGGUGACGACGCUUAUGACGGUCCUGAUGCCGCUGCUGUCAAAACAGAUAAGGCAGGCAGGGAAGAGAAGGACAAGGAUAAGGUUGCAGAUGGAGCUGCAAGUGAAGCGGAGGAAAAGACGGACUCGGCUGGCGCAGGACCGCUGUGGCUGUCACCCCAGUUGCUGCAUCUGUCCCUCCCCACGUUCGUCCAGCUGCAUGCUGCUCUAAGCUCCCUGGGCAUGAGUGCGCUGCAUCUCUUUGCUCUGCUUGAGGCCUACUGCAACACGUGGCUGCCAUUCCCUGUGGACGUCCCAUCCACGUCCACAUCACCUGCAGCCACGUCAGCAGACGCCCAGACUACUUCCACAUGGAAGCCAACCCUGGAAGCAGCAGUAGCGCUGCUCUUUGCACUCUCAGCUGGGCCCUCCGCAACAGGGCAGGCUGGAAAAGGGGCUGUGGGGCUGCCGUCCAUUCAGCUGCUGGUGCGACUGCUGCGCCUCUGCCCUGAGGUCGAUGCCAGCAAGUCUGCCAAGUCGCGCCUGCAAACCACGCCUGAUACAAACGCUUCUGCUGCGGCAAUCACUCACCCAGCUGGCUCCUCUGCUGCAGCUGUGGAAGGCGCAGGCGCUGCCAGCCUCUCUCAGGCUGCAUCUAUUGUGGACAGUUACUUGAAGGCCAUCUCCACCUCUCCCAACAGCAGCAGCAUCAGCCCCGACUCUUUCAUAUCCCUUGCAACCGCACUGCCUCUCGCCUGCCGCCCCUUGCACGAUGCUCUCUAUGAGGCAGUGGCGGCUUACGUAGCAGCCAGGGGGUGGGGGGUGGGGGGGUCUGUGAAAGGAGGGGGGGAAGGAAGUGGAGGAGGGGAGAGAGGAGGCGAGGAGGUUAAACUCCUUGUUGGCCUGAUUCAGCCUGAGAAGCUUUCAGUUUUCUACCUUGUCCCAUCCCCCAUCCCUCAUCCCAUAACCCAUCUUAUCCCCCCUUCACCUCCUCAUCCCAUCCCCAUCCCGUCACCCAUCUCAUCAUCCCAUGCGCCAUCCCACCCCCCCUCCGCCCAUCUCGUCGUCCCUUCCUCCAUCCCAUGUGCCAUCCUCGUCGGUCAGAGCCAGUCGCAGAUGCUGCCUCAUCCACCUCCCUCUGGCCGCCCUCCUUCACUGUAG